AUGUUACUGGUCAGUGAGACAAUGAGGCAAGGUUCUCACAAAGAUACCCAGAGGACUCACCAAGGAUACUACACUCAGAAUACUCACCAAGGAUACUACACCAAGAGUACCCAUCAAGGAUAAUACAUUCAGAGGACCCAUCACGGAUAAUACACCAAGAGUGCCCAUCAAGGAUAAUACACCAAGAGUACCCAUCAAGGAUAAUACAUUCAGAGUACCCAUCACGGAUAAUACACCAAGAGUACCCAUCAAAGAUAAUACACCAAGAGUACUCACCAAAGAUAAUACAUUCAGAGUACCCAUCAAGGAAAGAGUACCCAUCAAGGAUAAUACACCAAGAGUACCCACCAAAGAUAAUACAUUCAGAGUACCCAUCAAGGAUAAUACAUUCAGAGUAUUCACCAAGAAUGAUGCACCGAGAGUACCCAUCAAAGAUAAUACACCAAGAGUACCCAUCACGGAUAAUACAUUCAGAGUACCCAUCACGGAAAGAGUACCCAUCAAGGAUAAUACACCAAGAGUACCCACCAAAGAUAAUACAUUCAGAGUACCCAUCACGGAUAAUACAUUCAGAGUACUCACCAAGAAUGAUGCACCGAGAGUACUCUUCAAGGAUAUUAUGCCCAAAGUACUCAUGAAGAAUAUUACACCAAGAGUACUUUUCAAGGAUAAUACACCCAGAAUACUCACCAAUAAAAUUAAGCAUAUAAUAAACUCAAAUGUAGUGAAGUAA